CUAUCAACAUCAGCUCAUAUCACAGAGAAGAUACUUUCAAAGACAUGUUUUGCUGAAAAGACAACUGAGAACAGUUUUACGAAUGGGAUGAACACGCUCCAGCCCAUUGACUACCGACUGAAAUUUGAAUGUUAAGAAUACCCAUCUGGUAGAGUUACCUAGGGAUGUACCUAUUCUCACAGUACCCUAUUUCAACGUGCUUGUCUUGAUUAAAGAAUUCAAAGUGGAGUACCGCAAACUUGAUAUGGAUAAUAAAAAGAAAGACAAGGACAGAGCAGAUGAUAGAAUGGCACGGCCUAGCGGUCGGUCCGGGCACGGCACUCGAGGAACUGGGUCUUCAUCAUCUGGGGUGUUAAUGGUUGGACCUAACUUUAGAGUUGGAAAAAAAAUUGGAUGUGGCAAUUUUGGAGAAUUACGAUUAGGGAAAAAUUUAUAUACAAAUGAAUAUGUGGCAAUUAAACUGGAGCCCAUGAAAUCCAGAGCACCACAGCUGCAUUUGGAAUACAGAUUCUACAAACAGUUAGGAUCUGGAGAUGGUAUACCUCAAGUUUACUACUUUGGCCCUUGUGGUAAAUACAAUGCUAUGGUGCUGGAGCUGCUGGGACCCAGUUUGGAAGACUUGUUCGACUUGUGUGACAGAACAUUUUCUCUUAAAACAGUUCUCAUGAUAGCUAUACAACUGAUUUCUCGUAUGGAAUAUGUCCAUUCAAAGAACCUGAUCUACAGAGACGUAAAACCUGAGAACUUCUUAAUAGGACGACCAGGAAACAAAACCCAGCAAGUUAUUCACAUUAUAGAUUUUGGUUUGGCAAAGGAAUAUAUCGAUCCUGAGACGAAGAAACAUAUACCCUACAGAGAACACAAGAGCCUUACAGGAACAGCUAGAUACAUGAGCAUAAACACACAUUUAGGAAAAGAGCAAAGUAGAAGAGAUGAUUUAGAAGCUUUAGGUCAUAUGUUCAUGUACUUUCUAAGAGGCAGUCUUCCUUGGCAAGGCUUAAAGGCUGACACACUAAAAGAGAGGUAUCAGAAAAUUGGCGAUACAAAACGAGCAACACCGAUAGAGGUGUUAUGUGAAAAUUUUCCAGAAGAAAUGGCAACAUAUCUUCGUUAUGUAAGAAGGCUAGAUUUUUUUGAAAAGCCAGACUAUGAUUACCUAAGAAAACUUUUUACUGACUUGUUUGAUCGAAAAGGAUAUAUGUUUGAUUAUGAAUAUGACUGGAUUGGUAAACAGUUGCCUACUCCAGUGGGAGCCGUUCAGCAAGACCCUGCUUUGUCAUCCAACCGAGAGGCACACCCACACAGAGAUAAGACGCAGCAGUCCAAAAACCAGUCGGCAGACCACAGGGCAGCUUGGGACUCCCAGCAGGCAAAUCCCCACCAUUUGAGAGCUCACCUUGCAGCAGACAGACAUGGUGGCUCGGUACAGGUUGUAAGUUCUACAAAUGGCGAGUUAAACACAGAUGACCCCACUGCAGGACGUUCUAACGCGCCCAUCACUGCUCCCACUGAAGUGGAAGUGAUGGAUGAGACCAACUGCCAGAAAGUGUUGAACAUGUGGUGCUGCUGUUUUUUCAAACGAAGGAAAAGGAAAACCAUCCAACGUCACAAGUGACUGUGGCCACAGACAGGUCCGGGGGAGUUACUUGCACCUUCAUCUGCUGUCUUGUGAUUGAAGUCAUCUCUGUAGUGACCCCACAUAUUUUCAAGGACUCACUCCUAGAAACAAAAAGUCAUACUUUCCUACUUCAUUUUGUGGUUGUCUUACAUUCAUAUUUUUUUUCUACUUUCACUUUUAUGGAAGCUUUAAAGUUUGAUCAAAACCUGAGCGCUUUGUCCAUCAGUGAAUGGAGUGGACCAAUGAGGUGAUAUUGCUGAGUACGUUUCCACAGUGUGUUUUCCAGAAGCUCUUCUCCUGCUUAGGAAAGCAGUAUGGUAUCUUACAGGUUAAGCAGUUAGAUACCUAAUUUGUUUUUUUUUUUUUAAGAUACUUUGUGUAAAAGCAUACUCAAAUGGAAAUUUCCUUCUCAAUGGACAGGGCAGCAGCAGAGAAAACCAGAAUUGGCUGACCAUUUUAAAAACAAUUCCUUGAGAAGUUCAUGUUUUGUGUCAUCUGCAUUGAUUUCAGCAUUUCUGACGGUACUGUCAUUCAUGAGUCCUGUUAGCAUUCACUCUGUGAAUUGUGGUACAGUCACUACCCAGAGGUACUGAGCAAAGCACUGGGUGGGUCAGCAGAUGGUGGUGAUAACAUGAGUCACAAAAAAGGGUGGGAAGUUCCAGCUCUGGCUUUUGUCGCCGUACUAUGUGAAGUACUGUGUUGCAAAAGUGGCAAAAGCACUUGUUUUUUUAAAAGUCCAAAUAUUUGUAUAAUAUAACUUUAUGCUUCCAGAUACUAGUGUAUGUUAGAUGUCAAGGAAUGAAUAUUUUGAGAAGUUGGAAUUUUUGAAAAUACACUAAGAAAAAGAAAUAAAUGUGAACUUGGUUGUGCUAUGUAAGGCUGAAGCGUGAGGUCCCUGAACGCUACUGCUGAAUGAUAGAUCCUCCCCUGAGCAGAAAACCCAGCUGCUCUGCAGGGGUGUCUGUUUAUUGUUUUGCUCUUUGGUUAAAAAACAAAACAAAAACACUUCCCAGCAAUAAAAACUGGUCACUCACUCGACUGCCCUCUGUGUUUUAGGCCCUGGUUUUAACUUUGCUAGUUUUUGGGAAUUUUCCCACUUGCAGCAAGAUUUCGAUGAUUGAAAAAUGUUAGGAGAGGAUGGGUCAGGUGCUUUGUCUCCCUGGUCUUUUGAAGUGCCUGCAGUGUGUGAGUAGAAUAACAGGUGUGUGGAAGAGGAAGCCCUUUCCACGUUUCUUUUAGUGUGCUUUGUUUUAAGCCAUAAAGAUGAAAGUCUUGUCACUUUUGACUCAAAGGGUUAAAACAAGAAGACUGGCUUGAAAGAAUUAUGUUGGUCAGUUCUCCUAUUUACCAUUCAUUCAUGAGACUUAGUCCAAUCCCAUGCAGUCUCUUUGUCUUUAAGUAUGUGCCUCCAGUGUGCUUAUUUAUUUUUUAUUGUUUCAAGGUAACAUUUAAAAUGUGCAUCAAUGUAAACAAAUCCACAUUUUACUUCAUUAUUGCAUUUACAGGUAUUUAAUUGUACUUUGUAAUUUAUUUUUCUUAUUAGCCAAAAGCUCAAUGUGUUGUUUUUGAUUUAUUAAGCAUCGUAUGAUACCACAAAUCAGGACGUUGUUUGUCACUGUUGCUCUGAGUCCUAGGAUUGAUCUUUUCUUGAUUUUGAAGACCUAUUAUGCCCAGCUUGGAAGACAUUGGCUGUCUCAUUUGGUCAACAGUUCCAUUCUAUCUGUUUGUGUAGAUAUUUGUUAUAAUGUCUUAAAUUACAGAAGUUACAUACUGAGCUUUUAUUUUUGUUUGCUUUGAGCAAGAUAGAUGGAUGUUUGGCCAUUAUAAUGUGAAACCACUUCUUUAUUUACAGUAUUUGACCAAAUUUGUGUGUCUAUGAUAUUUGUAAAAUACAUGGGCUAUCUGUAUUUCUUAUCAUAAGCCUCUAUUUAGUUUUAUUCUCAGUAGGGUUUUUUGGACUGUACAGUGUUUAUAUGAUCUGAAUUCCUUAUACAUAAGAAGGUGUGUAUAUUAAUCCAAUUAUGGACUUAAAUAUUUUAAAAGUAUAAAUACCCUUAUUUGCUGCAAAGACCAGUGUGUAGACAUUUGCUUUUUAGCAAUACUUUUUUUAAGUGCUCCAUUUUAAUGCCAAGGACGGAGUCUUCCGGCAGCACGGACGGCCCGUGGUAGGCAGUGCAGGUGUGUGUGGGCUACGCCAACAAUGUUUUGCAUUUUUAUGCUUUUCUGUCAACACUAAUGAAGUCAACAUUGCCUGAACGUCUGAAUAAUGAAACACAUCCCUGUUUAAAAAAGUAUGUAACUGAAAAAGAAAUAAAAAAUAAAGGUAGUUUUUUUACA